AAAACGAAAGCUGACGGCAGGAACAUCCAUCUUUGACUUCUUCAAGCGCUAAGCCAAGCUCCUUUAGUCUCCUGUCCCACCGAAGACGCCAUUGGUCUCAUCAAACAUACCGGUACCAAUAAGAGAAAUCGACUGUUUGUCAGCGAGGCAGAGAAUUUUUUCCCAGACGAAAGCCACUGUCAAGUUCGGGUGAGAUUUGGAUUUGGCCGAAAUUCGUCACGGUCGCAUUGUAGCGGCGAAAAGAAAAUCUACGGUACCCAGUUGAAAAUGGCAGACAACUCGAAUGGCGGAAUAGUGAAGAAACUUUUGUUUCCUGCAUCCUCUUCUGGCGCCAAUGAUACAUUUCGGAGUCCCGUGGUUGAUGCAGCAGGAAACAACAACGCUUUCUCGCCAUAUUCUCCGCCAAUGCACAUGUCCUUUCAUCCGCAAUCUUCAAGCCAAAUGAUGAAUAGAGCAAUGGCGCCCACGUUAAGAGACACCAAACAAGCCGUGGCAGCUCCACCUCGAUUCUUUUCUUCGACACAUCCAUCAGCUGACGGUGAUGGGAGAAAACAACAACCAUUGCAGACUCCUGCCAGAGUCCCUUCAUCCCCGCCUCUUUUGAACCGACAACCUGUCACUCCAUCUUCUGAAAUGGACACAAAGGCAACAUCAGCAAACGGUAGAAAUGGCACACAACGAAGGCUGUUCGCCCAGUCCUCGUCCAUGUCUGUGGCUAUUGAUGACACUAUGCAGCCAUUACACGCAUCAUCUUCUGAAGGGGGUGAACACAGGCAUCAUGGCGAAACUGUUGGAAAUGAUUUUGCAAAUGACGACAGCAGUCUGCAAUUCCUGAAUGACUUCAAGGCAAUAAAACUACAAAGACAAACAAAUCUCUCCGAUGAUCAAGCCGAGACUGAAGUCCAUGCCAACACAACUACAAAGAGCUUUCAAAAGCAAAAGCAGCAACAUGAAGUGCUGGUAGCCGCGACGAAACUUCACUUGGAAGAAUCUACGCAGGCGACCCCUUCUCUGUUGGAUACAGACGAAGGGCCAACGGCUGCAGCAACAAUCCUCAAUGAUGCAGCAGAAACACACGACAAUUCAACAAAUGAUGGCUUCCAAAGCAACGACGCUGACAAGGAGGACGACGACAGAGGCGAUGAUUCAUCUAUGCAUGAGCUGCACAGCUAUCCGUCAUAUUCUUCGUACUGGGACAAUCCCUUUCACAAUCCACUUGCGUCAGCUGUGAAACCCAAUGACUUGUUUCGCAAAGAGGGGGACAAGGAUACAUCGAUGGAAUCUGACAUCAACUCCAAUGCAUCAGAAAUGGGCACAGUGAUUGGGGGUCCAGUGUCACUCAUGGCAGAGCGUUUUGCCGAAGUGGAUGAAAUGGAACGGGAAGGAAGGCUAGCGAUGCAACUUGACGAAAGUGGCAAUGCUGAUCCUGUCCACGAUACAGCCGACAAUGAUAUAUUUGACGAUGAGGUCGAUCCCUCCAUGGUCUCUUACCAAGCGUUUCGCGUUAACGACGAUGAAGAUGAGGUCGAGACCAAUGCUAGUGACCGUCGUGAGAUUGACGAAAGUCUUUUUAGCGACCCUUUUCAGACCCCCAGUUCGGCCCCUCCAGCAAUCACAAGAUUGAUCAAAGGCAAUGCCAUUGACGACGAUUCUGAAAGAAAGGAGGGAGAACAAAUCGAAGGCUCUAGCAAGCACGAGGCAACUGGCGAAGAAGGCGACGAACCGCAAACUGUUCACGAGUCCAUCCGGGAUGCCGACCUUGAUGAAGCAGCUUUGUCCGUUGUCGACUCAGAAAUUGGCCAAUUGAUUCGACAGAACGCGUCUGAGAACGCGGGGAAUGGCCGUUUACUGAGCUGCAGCAGUAACAAUAGUGCUGAAGUGUUUCGAACUUCGAGCAUUGGUAGCGAACAAGCAGCCCAAGCGAAGGCGCAGUCGCGAAUGGCAAUGGGGUUCAAGGCGAUUUCAGCACCAAGUGAGGAAGUUGAUAGGGCUGAUAACGAAGUGGAUGCAAUAAACGACUCCCCGUCUUGCGAGGCUUCAAGCGACUUGGAACAAAGCAAGAGAAGGUCAAGUUCUUCUUUGCAAAGAGCGCUUCGGGCUCGCGAGCAACCCGAAACCGAGAAUGAUAAUGAGGGUAGCAAUCCUCGACUCGGUCACGAAGAAAAAAAGCUGCGAGAAGAUGAAAAAGAGGAGAAAGAAGAAGAGUUACUCGAGCGGCAAAAAUUGACACUCCAACAAUAUCGAUUUGAGGUCCCAAUGGAUAGUGACACGCAGCUUAGCGAGGUUCAGACAGGUGUAAAUGCCUCCCAUGUUGCUGCUGUCGGAAUCAGUCCGGGGAGAGGCUUUGCGGGAACUCUCCGCCGCAUCGGCAGUAAAUUGGAAAGCAACAGACCGUCACCCUCCAGCAAAAGUGCUACCCAAUACAUGUUUGAUCUCGAAGACGACGAGGACGACAACUUUGACAAUAAUCAAAUACAAGAUCAUGGAAGUUUCUCUGCGCCCUCAUCCCCAGGUCGUGGGAGUUUUUCCGCCCCUUCAUCGCCCGGGCAAAACGAGCAGCAGGCUACCUACUUGGACGGUCCUGUUUCGCCCAAGAUUCAGGAGGUUUUCCCACAGUCUCCGAGGCAAAGCAAUUCGUUGAAUCUUCAAACCGAACAAGAGCAGGAUCCGGCAGAAUUGUUGCUGCGAUCACCCGGAAAAUCUGCUCGACUAAUGGCUGAUUUCCGUAGACAAAGCAGCAGCAGCAGUGGUUUCACCGGAAACACUGAUGGCCACAUGCGGUACUCUGCUGCAGAUGGACGAGUUCCCAGCAUGCUUCACUCUGAAAGCUCCAAUUCGCUAGGCAACGGACCCACCCCACGGUCCAAGGGUACCGGUAUGAGUCGCGAUGUUGCUAAUUUCAAAUCGGCCGGGGCGAAUGCCCUUCGCUUAGCCCGGGGGUUUCUUUCCUUCGAUCACUUGGAGACUGACGAAGGACAAAACUACAAUCUAGAAAGUUCCUCAUUUGACAAGCGGAGGCUGGAGUCAUCACUUUCCUUUGACAGUCGCCUGCAUCGAUUCCGUGGAAGUAAGCAUAAAGCUGAAGACAAGGCUGGCACAAAGGGCGGUGGGCGCACGCAGGCACUGUUUGGAUCAAAUCGAAGCUGGGAUGUCUCGAGUGGGAUGGCGUCAUCUGCAACAAGGCCCUCUGUAGGCAGCCCCCGCAGUGACCCUAUCACGGAAAUUGACGAGCAUCCUGGACCUGCCGCAGUCACUCUCGAUGCAAGUGCUUUUCGUGUGGCGCCGUAUGUCAGGCUACACCAGCAACAACAUCAUCCGCAUGCCCAUGGCUACAACAACGCCAACAACAGGAGACUUGUCUCAGGAGAACGGCGGGAACGAUUGAUGGUUAUGAAUGAGUCUUCUGUUCUACAAAGUAAGCGCAACAACGAGGCGUUGGAGCUACUUCAGACGCCGCAGCGAAUCGAAAUAGAGAGAGAAGAUGCACUGAAUUUGCUAUCGAUGUUGUGCGAACGAGGCAUAGCCCUGCGUUCCGACGAGACUGAAUUGAACGGUCCUAACAACAGCGAGACUCAAAUCGGUGAUGUGCCGGUACCAGAAACUGAUGAAGCAGAAACCAACACUCAAGAAUGCGGACCUCAAAAUGAAACCGAGGAAAAGACGUUGCAGCUAGAUGCUGACGUUAUCGAUGCCGCUGUUGCGGCGCUUCGCGAAAUCAGUGGAGGUGGUCGCCCGGACAGUGAACAGCCGGACCACUCCGUUCGAAUGUCUGUACUGGACUGUCUCGUGGAUUCUCACAUCUAUGCUCACGAAAUGAAGCGCGCCUCGUUGUCAGCAUCAGCCUGGUUGCGGUCCAUUGGGCACACAGAGAAGAAGGGGACGGACGCUGAUCACCCCCCAGCAGGCGAAGCUGGAUUGCAGGCACCAGGGGAAGAAGAGGAAGAAACGGAAAAGUCGUCCAAGGCUGCUGCAAUCGAGGUUCAGGCGCUGAAGGCAAUGCUACACCAAGCUCAAAUGGAAGCCCACGAAAAAGACGAAGCUGCACGCCAACUGAACGCGGAGUUAUCGCAAUGCCGCGCCGAGAUUGGACGUUUGAAAUCUGUUUCUCGGUCCAAGACGUCGUUCACUUCUCCAAACCGUUCCAUCCUUGACGACGAAGAGGACUCUGUAGCGUCAGAGGUAAUGGCGGAUGGUGUCGCCAGAGUCGAGUUCACCAAUAACAUUGCGGAUGAAAGUGUGGUCGAUUUGGAUAGCUCUCUAUUCGUCGCCGAUCAAGAUGGUGCUGAGGUUGUGAGAGAGUCGGACCAACCAGUGGUCCGCGAGUUGGCCAUGUUCAAAUCGGCGUUGUCGGAUGCUAACGCGAUCAUCAAGAAGCUUCACGAUGAGAUCCAAGAUGCGAAGCCCGAUAACGAGGCCCACACAAGGACAGCCCCUGUGAUCGAAGUGUCACAGAAAGCCUUUUCGGUUGCUCUGGUCGACGAAAGCACCAGCAACGUUGAGAAAAGCCCUGGGAGUGCUUCGGACAGCCGUGAAGAUCACAGAAUGGUGAACGUCAGAAUGCUAGAUGCCGAGAACUUCGUGACUGAUUGGGACCAUUUGGAAUCCCUUCCACCGCCGCCUGAUCAUGGCUUACGAGCGCCAAUCGUGUUGGCUCUCUUGCAGCAAUGGUCUCCGGAUGAGGGCUUGCAGAAGUCUCUAUUGUCUUGGUGUGACCAGGCUAUGUCAGGUGCCGACCCUUCCACAAUACCUCCGUUGACGCUCUCGUCGUUGGACCAUCAAGUGAGAGAUGGGUUCACAAUGCACGUCUUGCCGCUAUUGCUACGACGACCUGACAUUCUUGUCGACGUCCAGCAGAGGACCCAUCGGAAAACGACAUACGAUGUAGCCGUUUCGCUGAAGCGCAACCCACGAAGCCCUUCUAUGCAGAGCAUACGGUAUAUGGAACACGAAAGCAAUCCAAAGUUCUCCUCGACACCAGAAGCCGCGUCAGCAGUCAACAGUGCGACCCAUAGCGCCAUCACAACACACAUUCACAAUGGAACGUCUCCAAGACGAGACCUGCACGACGUUGGGAGUACUGUUGCCAGUUACACAGCAGGAAGCAGCAACUACUCUACACUCCUUCCCCACAGGUCAUCUGAUGACAAAAGCGACAAAGAUCAGCACUCUGGCUUGAUGAGCGCUUUGGGCGGCGCACUCGGGGGCCUUUUAUCGAGACGAAAACCUGCAGCAAGACAUUACGAUGCUGGAAUUCCUGCCAACUCUUCCUUUGAGUGGGGUUCCGCUGCCGGUGCUGUAGGUCCUGGUAUCAUGGACUUUCCCCCUUCGCCACGUCGACUUGCUGCUGACCAUGCCGAUUCGGAAGAACCAUACCAUCGUUUGGUUUCAGCUCCACCGGGCAGAAUCGGCGUGUCUUUUGUAGAAUACCGUGGCCACGCGAUGGUGUCUGAUGUAGCCGAGGACAGUCCCUUGCUUGGGUGGAUCUUCCCUUCGGAUAUUCUUAUUGCUAUCGACGAGAAGGCUGUGACUGGCAUGCGUCUCAAAGAUAUUGUCAAAGUGUUGCAAGGACGAAAUGAUCGACAACGGGCUCUGCGUGUCAUCAGCUCCUGCGCCAUGCAAGAGAUUACAAUGAGCUUUGGCUCUCCCAAUCCUUGAAGGCCGCACUCUAUAGCUACCGGCCUGGUACCGCAGGGAGAACUACACACUGAUAUUAUGAUCGGCGCAGCGUAAUGCACCUAUUAUAGUGAUCUUCAGAAAAGAGUAGCAAAUAUUCUAUCAAGUAAAGAAGCCACUAAACAUUAAUUUUGUUCCACUUUGGCAUUUUUCGCAAUUCACUACUGAGUAUUGUUUUUUCAU